CUCGACUUCAUUUUCGGCGUCUCCUGUGCUGAGAAGUGGCAUGGUCUCAACCUUCUGCAGAAUUCCCAUCACUACGGGGCUUUAGGCAGGCCAGGGAAGCGCGCAGUCGGGCGCGUUCAAGAAGCUGGCGCGGGUGUCUGCUCCAACCCGUUUGUUAUGGUCAAUGGGACGAUUAUUGGACAUGGUGUCGUCAGCAUGGAUACUAUUUGUAGGGAUCUCACGACAUGGGAUACUCUCAAUCUGCCUGGGAGUCUACAGAAACCAACAAGGACUAUCUGCCAUGAUCUGCGCGUACAGCAGGCGAAUCAAGUCAAUAUGUCCUCUGCAACUAAGGUGGCGCUGUUGUUUCUACCAAAGACGUUCGAUAAGCGAGACCUCUAUGCACUGAUAGCUGGUAUCUUGUAUCUCGGGGAUUCGAGGAUGUCAGUUGGAGGUGACGACUAAAGAUGAAAUGCUGACGCAAGAAAUUCACAUUACAAGGAGAGUGUCAAUGAUUGCAUGACCAGCUGUGAUUAGCAUAGAUG